AUGUCUGCCCAAAAUCCACAAGCAGCAUUUCCCGGUAGUGCCUUCUCUGACCGAUCGAUCGAGAUGCGUACACCAUCCAUGAAAUUCAUAUACCGCCUUGAAUGUGAGAUGGCGAAAGACGACCACGUCGUAGGGGCUCAAACUGGCACAAGCAACGCGAGAGUCAUUAUGCCCAUCGUUGGCGGCACCGUCAAAGGCCCCAAAAUCUCAGCCAUCAUAGAACACAUGAGUGGAGCAGACUGGGGUCUUGUAAUCGGAGGAACAGGGCUCAUGAAACUGAACGCUCGCUAUACGCUGAAGACCGACGACGGACACUAUAUCUAUGUGGUCUCAAAGGGUAUCUUCAAGCCUGGCCCUGGUGUGGAUAUCGACCCUGCAACUCGUACUCGUAUGACUCAAGACGAAGUGGAGUGGUUCACUCGGUUGCAAUUCGAGGCUUCUGGACCAUAUGACUGGAUGAACAGCGUUUUCGGUAUAGGUGUCCUCGCUAUGGACGAGAGCAGGAUCUUGAUAGAUGCUUAUGAGCUGACAAACUUUAUGUGA